AUGGAUGUCAGAAACCGAUGCACUACACUAGUUGAGCAUUCCAGGGGAGUUGAGGAAAGGCAUCUGUGGAUGGAUAUGAUGGCCUCUGCACUAGUGAUCGAGGUCUUUGUAAAUGGCUCGUCCUUCCGGGCUAGAGGGGGAGUAGGGGUGCACAUCACCACAGACUUGGGAAAGGAGCACAACUAUGCGAUUAAACUUGCCUUCAAAACCACAAAUAACGAAGCUGAGUAUGAAGCACUACCUGCUGAACUGUUGGUAGCCGAGAAGUUGGGUGCAACAGAGAUCGAGGUUAAGGUCAAGUCCCAGGAGGGCUAUGAGUCUCUGAUCAAAAGGGCAUGGAAAGGCUCACUCCAAUCGGGUUCAAAGGCAGAUGUCACAAGAAGGGGACUUGAGAGAUGUAGAUAUCAACUGAGAGAGUGGUAUAACAUCUCUAGAAUUUCUCACCAACGGGCCUUAAAUAUCAAAACUGACCUUUUGAGAUCUCUGCAAGCUUCCAAUACUGGUUUGGAUAAUGACCACAUUCGAGUUUUACAGAAGGAAUUUGAUGCUUCCCUAGAGGAAGUUGAUCUUAAGUGGUGCCAAAGAGCCAAACAGAAAUGGCUCAAAGAUGGUAAUAGGAAUACCAAGUUUUUUCACAAAUGUGCCUCGGUUAAAAAACAGAAAAAUCUUAUCCAGAAACUUCAAACUAAGGUGGGGCAGAUCUUGACAAAUCCUGAUGACAUUGGGGGUGAAUUCCAAUCAGUUUUUAGGGACCUCUUCACUUCCUUCAAUCCUAUUGUCCCUAACUCUCUAUUGGAGAACCUCAGACCUACUGUCAUGCUUGAGAUGAAUUUUUCCCUAACAAAGGUUUACUCUAGAGAGGAAAUUGAGCUAGCCAUCUUUCAAAUGAACCCUCUGGGUUCCCCGGGACCAGAUGGUUUCCCUGUUAUUUUCUUCCAAAAGCACUGGCACAUUGUUGGUGAUGAUGUGGUAGCUGCUGUUCUAGAACUCCUCAAUACCAAGUCAGGUUUCCAAGUGGCUUAUGAACUAAUGCACUCAAUGCAAAACAGAAGGACGAAUCACAAAGAAGGUUUUAUGGCCCUCAAGUUAGAUAUAAGCAAGUCCUAUGAUAGGCUAGAAUGGUCUUUUGUACAGCUUGUGCUUCAACAGAUGGGUUUUGAUAAGGAGUGGAUUGAGUUGAUUACGCAGUGUAUUCGUACUGUGUCUUACUCAAUCUUACUAAAUGGUUCACCUCAAUCAGCCUUCAAGGGAAACCAGAAUUCCAAGAUGCAUUGGCUGAAUUGGAAGGGUCUUGGAAAGGGUAAACAGGUUGGGGGUUUGGGAUUUAGAGACUUUGAAGAUUUCAACAAAGCUUUAUUAGCCAAGCAAGAAUGGAGGCUCAUCACCAAUACUCAAUCAUUGGCCUCUCGAGUCCUAAAAGCUAAAUAUUUCCCUUCAACUGAAUUUUCUUCUGCAAGAGUUAGAAAGGGUGAUUCCUUUGUGUGGAAAAGUAUUACAGCAGCCAGACCAUUACUCUAUGAGGGCCUUCUAUGGAAGAUUGGUAAUGGAAACCAAGUGAAGAUCUGGUCAGAUCGAUGGUUGCCUAUUCCAAUGUCUUACAAGACUCAGUGUCUUCCCAAGGUGCUCAACACAAAAGCAUCUAUUAGCUCUCUCAUCGACCAAGACACUCACUCUUGGAACCUACCUCUCGUUCAGAGCGUUUUCAUCCUUGAGGAGGCUGUUAUCAUUUCUAUAAUUCAUAUCAGUCCCUGUAAAAGCGAUGACAAGCUGGUCUGGAGGUGCACUAAGAAUGGGAUCUUCUCAGUUAAAUCAGCAUACCAUCUACUAGUCUUUGUGAAUGAUCUCAACAAGGGGCAAGCAUCAGACUCUACUAAUCAUGAGGUCCUAUGGAAAUUGCUAUGGAAGCUUAGAGUGCCAAACAAAGUCAAAAUGUUUCUCUGGAGAUCAGCUUGGGACAUUCUUCCCACUAGAGUAAACUUGCACAAAAUGAAGAUUAUUGAUUCACCCAUGUGUCCUAUCUGUUUAACUCAUCCAGAAAAUGUGUCCCAUGUCUUAUGGACGUGCAAAGCAGCCCAGGAUGUAUGGAGUAAUAGCUCAAGAAGGUUACAGAAAAGUAGGAUUGAGGAGGCACCUUUUUAUGAAUUGCUUACAGAGCUUCUAUCCACACUUCCUUUAGAGGAACACACUAAGUUAGCUUUCACAGCUAAGGACCUUUGCCAGGAACAAGGUAAACUGCAGGGUUGGAAUUGGGGUGUCAAUCAGAGAUUGGUUUGGCCUUGUGACAGCAACUCUCAAGAGCCCCUUUACUCUUUUCCUGACACACUUCUGGGAGAAACACUUGCUGCUUUGCAAGUAGUGCAGUUUGGCAUUGAGAUUGGACUCAACAAUGUCAUUUUUGAAGGGAUUCAAAACAAGUGGACACUAAAAUACAAAGAAAACAACUGCAACAACAGAAAGGAAAAGGCUCCAAGCAGCUGCGGAGGCGCUUGCAGUACACGCGCCGCCCUGGGAGAAAACCGACGCCCGAUCAUGGAGGUUCCGAACUCACAGAACCCAGCGACGCCGCGCAUGGAGAUGGCAGAGGGCCUCCCGACGGCGCGAGAAAGCCACUCGCUAAACGCCUCUGAUUCUACUGACCGCACGUACGAGCAACUCGCCGCUCCGUUUGGCGCCGCCUUCGGUAGUCUUGAGGAUCGGCGGUUGGGCAAUGCCAUGGAGAGGCACAUGCUGAUUUAUGGUCGCCGGAAGCACCAGAUCCACGAUUCUCCCUUAUUUAGCCUGCAAAACACAAAAACAAAAAUGGAGUACUACCCAGAGGGGACGGGGUUGGAAGACAAGGAGGGAGGGGGAAGGAGUCGGAGCUCCCACCUCCUCGAGCCAGAUUUGAAACAAGCGCUUUGA